AUGCAAUUUGUAUUACUUAUAGAAUAUUGUCAAGAUGAUGAUGCAAUAUAUGACAAUAUUGAAGUAUUAGAAGCUUCCAUCAUGGACAAUUCAAACGGCUUAUUACAUAUUACUCCUUCACGAACCGAGGCAGCCUCAUGUAGUCAAUCUGAAAACCAACCUAUCACAAAUGUAAAAAAAAAAAAAAAUGUUAAACUUAACACUCAAUUCAGUACAGCACUAAUGUUUAAUCUUUCCGACAUUUUUGGCAUAAUAACAUGUAUACUUAAAUUAUAA